GGGUAAACGGGAUUCAUAUAAGAGAACAAGAGAAGCGCAAUGAACCGGAAGUUUUGAUGCGGAUGAAAUAAUAAAUGUAGCUCCUGUAGAGUAAGAUAAGUGCGAGUUCGUCAAAAAAUUUCAAGAAUGAAGCGGUUCUGUCCUGAGUCAGAUAUGUCUGGAAGCUCUGAAAAAAAGAUAAAAAUCUCACAAUCUCAUCUUCAGAUGCUGAUUAAAGAGGAAGUCCAAAAAGAAGUAAAAAAGAAUAAUGACAAGCUGCAGGUAUUAUCCCAAACUAUUCAGCAGCUUCAGCAGGACGUUGAUUAUAAAGGGUCCAUCCUAAAACUUGAGGCACGCAUUGAGUAAAUUUCAAAUAGAGCAGAAAAAGCACUCACUGCGAUGAAGUCUAACAAAAAGAUUUUGCUACCAUCUUUUCGAAAUGAUGAAGUCAUUAUCAGAGAUUGCGACGAUGAAACCGUGCCACACAAAAUAAACAAGAGCAGAGGAAAUAAGAAAGGACAAGAAAAAAAUAAACAUGUCAUGGAACGGGAUUUCAGUACACAAAAACAAGCCAUAAUGAAUGCUUUAGCUGACCUAUGUAGGACUCUGCCUCCUCCUACCUCUGAGAGUGAGAAUACGCAGGGCAAAGAGCAAUCUGCCUCUCCUGGCCACAGCACCAACCCCCAGCAUACAAACCCACAACAGAGAGAGCUUCCGUACCCUCCCCUACCCGAGAACCCUUUCCCGUCCAAUUUGGCCAUGGAGGCUUUGUCGUACAACAUCCCCCAAAAAUUAGUCGUCCACCUGGCUCUCAUCAAGGAGCCUGUUAGCCUCUCAGUGAUGUGGAAUGGAGAGGAAAAAGCAGUCUGUCAACCACCAAUGGAGAGCUACAGCAUCUUCCUAACCAUGGAAAAGGUCAAGGGAAGCAGAGUUUUCCCCGACUGGAGACUUCUGGGGAAUGUGGUUGCCAAAUCUCUGCCCAUGUAUAUUUCCAUCAAGAACUACAAAACAGGGUACAAGCUGUGCUUCGCUGUGGUGGGGAAAGACAUUUAUGGCCGGUACGGACCCUACAGUGAAGUUGUAAGUGCAGUUGUACCGGAAUAGCUGCAGACCUGGAACCAGAGGAGGUCAUGUAGUACCCAUGUUUUUUUUUUUUUUUUUUU